AGCGCGUCGUGAUGAACCGUGCGUAACGCUGAGCAGGUUGAGGAGUUUUUGCUCCCGCAUCAAAAAAGGGAGAAACAGAUGAAAGGAAAAGGUCUCUCUUUCUCUAUCUAUGUAUAUGUAUUUGAGUUAGUGUACACGUUACAUUAUCUUGAUCCGUAGGAACGUGUUUUUGAUUUUGUUUUCUGUUUCUUUUCACUGACAAACGAAGAUACGAACCAACCGCAAAGGUCCUUUCGGAUUCGAAGGAACCGAACACAGCGCACACGUUCCCAGAAGAGAGCGGCUUGUGUUCUUUGCCUCCCCUUCGCUCUUGCGAGAAGAGCUGCGUGGAGUGCUCUCUUCAAACGUCUGCCGCCUCUACGAUGUGACGGCGAGCGUGAGGUGAGAUUAUUCCCCUCUGUGCCAUUAUGCCUAUUUCAUGAAGCAACAGGCACACAUACACACACAAAUAGAAAUGAGUUUUUUCCUGCUUCUACUCGUGCUUCUUCUUCUUCCCCUUCUCGUCUUCUCUCAAUCGUUGCCUUCUCAUUCGGUAUAAUGAAUGGGUCACUCGAGCACAUCAGAGAUUACUAUUUUUAGUAUUCAUUAGCGUUCCUGCUCUUCUAUAGCCGACCGCCAUCGCAACAGCAGUCCAGACGGACGCACAAACUCGCAGAGCUCUGCACCUACUCCCUCUCUCUCUCCCCCUCCAAAAAGCAUACACAUUGCAGGCAUUCCAAAAAGAAGAACAGCGACGGCAUCAUGACCGAAGUGCACGGUAAGAAAAUGUAUCGCUUUGCGAAGCUCACCCCUGAGCGAGAAGAAAAGAUCACGGAGAUGGUGGAGCUGAUGAAGAGUAGUUUCGACCCCCUGCCAAAGCAGCUCCUGCGCCUGGAGCACUUCGCACCCUCCACGCCAGACUCCCCAACUCGGCAAAGCAGCACGCGUCUCUACUGUUAUAUGUUUCUGCAGGCGCGCGAGUGGAACGUGCAGAAGGCGUUUGCGAUGAUGAAGCAAUCGGUGGCGUUUCGCAACAAGAACAAACUUGACGAGCGGGGGGAGCUGCCGCCUGCCAUUCCAGUUCGCGGGUGGGACAUGGAGGCGAUCCACAAGUUCAUGGAUACUCCCGAGCGACAAAUGGAUGACGAAAUCGGCCGAAUCACGGCUGCGACGCGCGCCUUUCUAGAGAUGGGUUUCCAUUGCUGGGACCGGAAUGGGCUGCCCAUCUUUUACAUGAUGCUGGGCAGUGUGAAGGCACGUACGGGGAUUAAGAAGCUGAAGCAAAUGGCGAAGAUCGGCGAGACACCGCUGGACCUGUGCUGGAAGGUCCUGCAGCACACCAUGGGGGUUGGCGAAGCACUGGCUGUGUACCAGCAACUGAGCUACGAGCGUGGCACGCUUGCCGUCGACGCCGCAGAGGGGCACAUUCGCGCGUGCAACAUUGUGCUCGACAUGAAAGGCUUCACCUUCCGUCUCAUCUGGAAACCCGCGAUUGAUCUCAUGCGGGGUGCUCUGAAGCUGCUCUUUCAGUACUACCCCGACUGCGUCCAUCGCAUUUUCGUGGUGAACUGCCCGACGACGAUCAUGUGCGGCUACAAGCUGAUCCGGCCCACCCUCCCUGCCUCGGUGCAGCGCAAGGUCAUCUUUGCCGGCCCCAGCGAUACCCUCAGCGCCCUUUCUCUCCUGAUCGAUCCGAAGUACAUACCGGAGCGCUAUGGUGGCCAGUGCCGGUGCGAGGGCGGCUGUUUCGCCUCGCACGAGGUCGGCGGCGCGUCGCACGGCGACGACAAGGAGAGUGAUCCGAGCGAGGUGGGCGACGUCGUGACGGAGGACAUCACCGUCACGGCCGGCUCCGACUAUUGCCGCGUCUUUGCGCUUGAAAGGGAGGACACGGUGGCGUGGGACUUCGCGGCGACGCAGGGCAAAGGGGUCGCCUUCACCGUGUACUUCAUCCCGGCAGCGGAGGCGGCCGAUAUGCAGUGGAGCACCGUGAGCGCGAAGAAACUGGAGCCGCACACAAUCGCGAAUAGUCACACCGUGAGCGGCGCGGAUACGUUUGUAGCGAAGGAGCAAGGAACGCUGGUGUUGAUGUGGGCCAAUCGGAAGUCGUGGUUCUCGUCCAAGUACAUUCAGCUGCGCGUCUACAAGGAAACAACGGCGACUGUGAACGGUUAG